AUGGAUGCACUCGCUAUCUACGCUAUAACAGCAGGAAGCAUACUCCUAGGCCUCGUCUUCAUCAGACUUCUAAGGUCACUCACUUGGUGGAAGGAUUCUGUUCGUGUCUUUAUUUAUCGUCAUAUUAUUUAUCGCUAUGUUGUUUCUCGCCACAGAUUUUGGGGCCCUUGGAGCCCAAUCGGAAUAAUUGAACAUCUGAUAUAUAUCACGGUGAAUUCUAUCCUCGUUCUUUUCCGUGGAACCUCGAUGGAAAAUGUUGCACGACGCGCCGGUAGCCUAUCUCUUAUCAAUAUGGUACUACUCCUGGGAGCAGGCUACUUGAGCUACGCGGCCGAUCUUCUGGGUGUUUCUUUAGCAAGAUAUCGCAAGAUGCAUCGAGCGGCGGGUUGGAUGACAAUGGGGCUGGCGGUGCUUCACGUCGGGGCUAUUGGGUUUGACCUUAAGAGCUCAUCCACUCAGUUAAGUACACGAGGUAUAUUCACCAUCAUUGCAGUUGCAAGCUUGGGAGCUCUUACGUUGAUGUCACUUCCAUUUGUGCGAAACAUUUCCUAUGAAUUUUUUCUUAGAUCGCACCAGGGCCUGACAAUUGUGGCUGUAUACGGACUUUGGAGACAUAUCCCAAAAAGAGAGCUGCUGCCAUGGCUAUACCUUAUCAUCGGUAUAAGUGCUUUUGCUGCCACAUCAGGCUUGUUCUUCGCCGGGUUGCUAUAUCGGAACGGAAUUUUCUCGGGAAAUGGAUGCCCGAGGGCAAUUUUAUCAAGGCACGGACAUGAAUCCAUUGAAACCUCUACAACCCCAUUCAAAGUUCGACUGCUCCUACCAAGGCCAAUAAAUGUGAAAGCUGGGCAGUAUAUCAACUUGUGGCUCCCUGCAGUGAGCUUUUGGUCAUGGACACAAACUCACCCCUUCACGGUUAUUUCGUGGUCACAGGAAAAGCAAUCAGUCCUAGAGCUUCUGGUUCAGCCUCGCAAAGGUCUUACGGGAACAAUUGGUCGCCAAUUACGAACUAUCGGCUCGGAGGGGUACUCCUCCAUGGCCCUCUACAGCGGGCCUCAUGGCCUCAGCGAGCGCGUUGACGACUACCAAUACGUGCUGCUUGUUUCGAGCGACUCUGGGCUCUCGGCUGUCUUACCAUACGCUAGGAAAUUGAUCCAAGGGUAUAAAACAUGUACUUUGCGUGUUCGUCGUGUACAUCUUGUCUGGCAAGUUGAAAAUCGUGGUAGGUCACUCAAAAGCGUUGAAGAAGAGCAGAACCCAACUAAUGAAGUAGAAAUUGCGGUCAUGGCACAGGAGCAUAUCAAUGAUUUAUUGAAAGAAGAUAUCCCAAAUGAUGGAUACGUACGUAAGAGCUUGCAUAAACCGAAGGAAUCGAAUCUGACAAGCGAGCAGAUACUAAGUGUGUCGAUUUAUGUGGGAAAAAAUCCGUCAUUGCUUGAAAAAUUGUCUUUUGGAAAUCAUGAGCGAGCUUGUUUUUACGAAGGAGCCCCUGACUACGAAGACAUUGUCAUAAGUGAACUUUCUGAAAAGAAUCCUACGCAAGAACCGUCGUUACAAAUUGAUCGGGGUGAAAUGCUUCUUCUAACGUCCGCGUCUGGAGAUAUCCGUGAUAGAUUGCAGGAAAUUGUGCGACGCCACUUGGAUCAACGUUUGAACCUGAUCAACCUUGAAUAUCAACCAUAG